AUGGACAGGACUUAUGGGGACGCCAUCGCGGCAUUAAAUUCGCUGCAGACCAAUUUUUCAAUAAUUAAUGCAAUGCGCCAGUCUGGUCGUGUGCUUAAUGAGCAGUCGAUACCCGAAACAAUAGAAUGGUGCCGGAAAAUAGGACAUAAGCCCUCCGACCUCGAUCGGUUGAAUUUGAUACACAUUGCCGGUACCAAGGGCAAAGGGUCAACAUGCGCAUUUAUAUCCUCCAUACUAUCGCAAUAUCUCACUCUUAAAAACGAUGAAACGACCAACUCAUCUUCAAAAUCGCAUCCAAAGCUUGAAAAGAUUGGCCUUUAUACCUCCCCACACCUUCGAUUCGUGCGUGAACGGAUACAGAUUAAUAACACUCCUCUGACGGAGGCACAAUUUACACAUUACUUCUUCGAGGUCUGGGAUCUCCUCGAACAAGAUGCCCGGGCCAAAGGCUUAGACCCAAACGCGCCGAACAUGAAACCUAACUACUUCCGAUAUUUGACUAUUAUGGCAUUCCACACUUAUUUGAGAGAGAAUGUAGAUGCAGCGAUCAUAGAGUGUGGUAUUGGCGGGGAGUAUGAUACGACUAACAUUCUGGUGAACCCCGUGGUGGAAGGUAUAACGAGUCUAGGGAUUGAUCAUGUGGCCAUGUUAGGCUCGACCAUCGAAGAAAUAGCGUGGCAUAAGGCAGGGAUCAUGAAGCCUGGAACUGUGGCCUACACUGCACCACAGCCUGACUCUGCCAUGGAUGUCCUACAGAAACGGGCGGAGGAGAAGAAGGCCCAACUGCAUGUCGCACAGGGCCACCCGGAUCUCGCCCCCGGAAAGAUUUCAUUGGGCCUCUCAGGCGGGUUCCAACACAAAAAUGCAGAGCUCGCAGUAGCUAUCUGUAGCUCAUUUUUAAGGAAACUUGAGUUUCCCGACGUGCCAUCGUACAUCGAGAAGGCCCCUCUGCCGGAGAAAUUCAGGGUUGGCCUUGAGGGUGUUAAACUGGGUGGACGAUGCGAGAUCAGAAAAGAGAAUGAUCUGGUCUGGCACAUCGAUGGAGGACAUACGGCUGAUAGCAUUGAGGUUGCAGGGAAAUGGUUUUCAGGACUGUCAUAUACACAGACUAGUCCCACGGAAGGAAGGCGAAAACCUUGCAUUCUGAUUUUUAACCAGCAGACACGAGACAGCACCGCACUGGCGAAUACCCUUCACAAGGCACUGACUGCGGGAAACUGCGUCUUCACCCACGCUAUAUUCUGCACUAAUGUGACAUUUAGAGAGGCGGGAUAUCGACCAGACCUUGUGAGCAUCAAUUCCGAUGCGUCAGAUGUCGAGAGGCUGAGUGUUCAAAAGAAUCUAGCGGAGGUAUGGCGUGGUUUGUCACCAGACACCAAAGCCGAAGUCAAGCCUACGAUAGAAGAGGCCGUUGAGUCUGCGCGUAGUAUAGCUGCAGCAGACAAGAGGGAGAACACUUCUUCAGACGACGCUGCUGUCAGUGUACUGGUCACUGGCAGCUUACAUCUUAUUGGCGGCCUACUGGAAGUCCUGGAGACAACGCCCACCAAAUGA